AUGACAGCGGUUGCAGGAAACGAAAGCGUGGACACUACCGGGGAGCCAUCGCUUGUGAAGAAAGUUGCAGCUAUGGUAAGUUGCGUUGUGUUUUUUUAGGAUUUACGCAUUUAGAAAAUAUCGAGAUGUCCGGAAGAGAAAAAAGAUUGGCCGCCAUUCAUUCAAGAGAGAAUCGAGUUCUUCGAUAAAUUAAUGGAGGAACAUAAAGCAGAAAUAGCCAAGAAACCGCGAAAUCCUAUUAAGAUUACUCUUCCUGACGGGAAAGUGGUUGAAGGAACUUCCUGGGAGACCACUCCCUUCUCGAUUGCGUCCGGAAUAGCCAAAAGCUUGGCCGAGGCUGUUGUUAUUGCAAAAGUCAAUGGAGAGGUGAGCAGGAAGAGUCUUAAUAAUAUUUGGUUACCUCUAUUGUUUUUUAUUAUGGUUUGUUAUAGCUUUGGGACCUGGAUCGUCCUUUCGAGAGCGAUGCUACCUUGAGUCUUCUGAAAUUUGACGACGAUGAAGCCAAACAGGUUUUCUGGCACAGUUCGGCUCAUAUCUUAGGUGAAGCUUGUGAGAGAUAUUGUGGUGGGCAUCUUUGUUACGGUCCCCCGAUUUCUGAGGGCUUUUAUUAUGAUAUGUAUUUGGAGAAUCAGGUCAUUUCUCAAGCCGACUUCCCCAAGUUGGACAAGGUGGCUCAAUGUGCGGUGAAGGAUAAACAACCAUUUGAAAGACUCGAGGUGAAGAAAGAAGACUUACUGAAGAUGUUUUCUUACAAUAAAUUCAAGGUCCGCAUCUUGAACGAGAAGGUGAAUACACCCACCACAACUGUUUAUCGAUGCGGCCCUUUGAUCGAUUUGUGCCGAGGACCUCAUGUCAGAAACACGGGAAAGAUUAAGGUAAUAUUAGUUAUGUUAGGUUUGAUUUUCGUUGUUUUAGGCCAUGAAAGUCAUCAAGUCUUCGGCUUCCUAUUGGGAAGGGAAUGCUGAGAAAGAGCAUUUGCAGAGAGUCUACGGAAUUUCUUUCCCAGAUGCUAAGCAGUUAAAAGAGUGGGAGAAAUUCCAGGCUGAAGCUGCUGAAAGAGAUCACAGGAAGAUCGGAAAGGACCAAAAUCUGUUUUACUUCCAUCCGAUGAGCCCUGGUUGUGCUUUUUGGCUUCCAAAGGGUACUCUCAUAUACAACAAGCUCUGCGAUCUCAUAAAAGGAGAGUACAGAAAACGUGGCUUUCAAGAGGUGAUCACGCCGAAUAUCUUUAAUGCUAAAUUAUGGGAACAAUCGGGUCAUUGGCAACACUAUGCGGAGAAUAUGUUCAGGUACAUUGAAUUUUCUUCUUAAAAUUCGUUGAUUUAGUUUUGAAGUGGAAAAGGAACAGUUUGCGUUGAAGCCGAUGAAUUGUCCAGGGCAUUGUUUGAUGUUUGACAGUCUUCAUCACACAUACAACCAGCUUCCCUUGAGAUAUGCUGACUUCGGCGUUCUCCAUAGGUAUGCCCUUCAUUCCUUAAGCGACAGUAUAUGGAUGUGCAUAAUUACAUCAUGAAAUUUUUCAGGAAUGAAUAUUCAGGAGCUCUUACCGGUCUGACGAGAGUUCGUCGUUUCCAACAAGACGAUGCUCAUAUUUUCUGCCGAAAAGAUCAGAUUGUGCAAGAAAUCGACGGUUGCAUUCAGUUCUUGAAGAGGAUCUACGUCGACAUCUUUGGAUUUACCUUCAAGUUGAACCUCUCCACAAGGCCCGAGAAAGAUUAUCUGGGCGAUCUAGAGACGUGGAAUAACGCUGAAGAUCAACUCAGAAAAGCAUUGGAUAAUUCAGGGUAUCCGUGGGUCUUGAACCCUGGAGACGGCGCCUUCUACGGUCCAAAGAUUGACAUCACUAUUCAAGAUGCCCUCAGAAGAUCGCGGCAAUGUGCUACGAUCCAGCUCGAUUUCCAGUUGCCGGAAAGAUUCAACCUUCAUUACUUUACGUAAGAAUAUUUUAUUCGAUUAAUUUUUUAGUGACAAGGGAGAGAAAGAACGCCCUGUUAUCAUUCAUCGUGCUGUCCUUGGGUCGGUUGAGAGGAUGACGGCCAUUCUCAUUGAGAGCUUCGGAGGAAAAUGGCCUUUCUGGUUGUCCCCUCAACAAGCCAAGGUGAUUACGGUGCACAAAAAUCUGAAUGAAUAUGCGGAAAAAGUACGCGAUCAACUGUAUUCCGAAGGAUUCGAGGUUGACUUUGAUCCCGAAUGCCCAGACACGUUCAACAAACAAGUCAGAACGGCUGAAUUGGCGCAUUACAAUUUCAUUUUGGUGAUCGGAAACCAAGAAGCUGGAAAUGGAACGGUCAACGUCCGCACAAGAGGAGGAGCGGUAAGUUAAUUUCGUGAAACACAUUAUUCUUUGCUACAGAAGCACGGGGAAGUCGCUAUCCCUGAACUCAUCAAGAAAUUCCACCGAUUCACGAGAGACUUCUCCAGGGACGCUGAAAGUGCUGAGGAAUUCAAUAAGGAAUAA